UGAAUCCCAGAGCCCUGAAUCCCAUGGGGAUGCCCCGCUGAUGGCAUGGGGGGGCUCUGCCUGCUCUUGGUGGCUCUCUCUGCCGUGGCACCUGCACGAGGGAUGAACCAGAAGGCGGGAACAACACGGAUGCAGGAUGACAACCCAAAUUUCAUCCCCACAGAAACGACGGAACCUCCCAGCACUCCGGCAGGGAACACCUCAGUGACACCGGCUCCCAGAGCGCUGCGGCUGGCGGGCGGCCGGAGCCGCUGCGAGGGCCGCGUGGAGCUGGAGCAGGAGGGGACGUGGGGCACGGUGUGUGACGAUGGCUGGGACAUUGCCGACGCCGACGUCGUGUGCCACCAGCUGCGGUGCGGCCGCGCCGUGAGAGCCCCUGGCAACGCCACCUUUGGCCGCGGGCACGGCCCCAUCCUCCGGGAUGAUGUGGGAUGCCAGGGACACGAGCGGCACCUCUGGGAAUGUCCGGCCACCACGACGGAGCACGACUGCAGCCACAAGGAGGACGCCGGCGUGGUUUGCUCAGGUGAGUUUGGAACAUUCCAGAGCUGGGGGUGCCAAUGGUGCAUCCUCCGCCGCGCUCUUCCCGCAGAGCACCAGGAGUGGCGGCUCUCCGGAGGCCGGGAUGCGUGUGCCGGCAGGGUGGAGGUGUUUUUCCGAGGCACCUGGAGCACGGUGUGUAACAGCACGUGGUACGACACAGAGGCCGCGGUGCUGUGCCGGUCGCUGGGAUGCGGGGAUGUGCUCCAGCGUCCGGCCUUCCCACACACGCUGCCCGGGAAGAUGACGUACAUGUGCGGGAGCCUGCAGCCCUCGCUGGCACAGUGCCACUGGACCUUCAACAAAUCCGCGCCCUGUUACCAAUCCGGGGCUGCCGGGGUCAUCUGCAAUGGCUCUCAGGGUUUGGAGAUGCCAACGCCCACAGUGGCUGAGGUGACGCCCAGGAAUGUCACUGUCCUGCAGGCCGAGGAGGGGACCCCGACCCUGGGGACACCACUGGUGGACAGUCUCCUCUUUAUCCUGUGCCUGGUGCUGGGAGCACUGCUCCUGCUCUCCGUGCUGGCCUUUUCCGCUGCCCUGCUGAGGCUGAGGAAGAGGAGUGCCAUGUCCUCCUUGGGAACUCCCAUGCCAGUCCUGGUGACCCACAGCUCCCAGAGCCCCAACGCACCCUCCGGGAUCUCCAACGACUACAGGCAGGCUCCCACCAGCCUUCCCAAAGGAUCAGACUGUCUGGUCAAAGGCAUUUCCAAGGAUUCUGAUUCCGACUCGGAAUAUUAUGAGUUCAGCAGCAAGCCUCCCAUCGCCCUGUCCACCUUCUACAACUCCCUGCGCCGGCAUCCCAGGGAGGGUCCUGUCCCUCCGAGACCCAGCCAGGACAGGAUGGAGCCGUUCCCUGUGGAUGAGCCGGCCAGGCCGGGCCCCCCACUCCGCAGCUCCUCCAGCUCAUCCUCAUCCAUGGAGCCCUAUUGGAAUGGCAGCAUUCCCCCCCCUGUCCACGGCUACAGCACAGCGCCCCCAGCUCCCCCGGCAGCGCCCUCCCAGCCCUGGGCACCUGUGGCUCCGGCAGAUCCCGAUCCCGACGGCAGCUCCAGCACCUCCUCGGGGGAGUGGUACGAGAACGUGCAGGAGAGGGAGCCCCCCGGAGACCCCUCCUCACAUCCAGGCUGGUCAGAUCUGUCCUAUCCCUCGGGGGAACACGGGGAGGAUCCCGACUUUUCCGAGGGCAGCGACUACGAUGACAUCCAGGACUCUGCCUACUGAGCCUGCCCCACCUCUCCAGAGGCUGAAUCUCCUGGAAUUCUCCAGCCAUCUCCUCUGUG